GCUCCUCCCCCGGCUCUGCUGUAGCUCCUCCCCCGGCUCUGCUCGUAUUAAUGAUUAAUCGCAGCUCUGAGGCAGGUGGCGGCCGCUGUGCGCAGUCAUUACCGGACGGACAAGGUUUGGUCUUCACCGCGACUCCUCUGCCGCUCUCACCGGACUCUGCCGAUUAAUUCCAGGACAGACGGUGAAGAGAUGGGAAUCUCCGUUAAUUCCUGACAUCAGGACUGUGUUUCUACGAGGUGUCACUGACAAGGAGUGAUUAACUAUGAAUGGACAUUUACCGAGUUACUAUCCGGGAGGGUUGGGAAACUCUUCCCCAGACCACAGCAAUUAUGACUUGUCAUCUGUGAAAUCGGAGAAAACUGGAAGAACAAACGCCAAGAGUCUAUACGAGCAAAGAAAGAGCUAUGCCCGGGACAGCGUCAGCAUCGUGUCCGAGACCUCCCAGUACCAUGUUGAGCACCUCACUACGUUCAUCAUGGAUCGCAAGGAUGCAGUGCUCACCAUUGACGAUGGAAUCCGCAAACUAAAGUUACUGGACGCCAAGGGGAAAGUGUGGACGCAGGACAUGUCUCUCCAAGUGGAUGACAGAGCAGUUAGUCUAUAUGAUAUAGAGACCAAGACGGAAUUAGAAAAUUUCCCCAUCGGCACCAUCCAGCACUGUAAGGCUGUGAUGAACUCCUGCAGAUACAACUCCAUUUUGGCCCUUGUCUGUAAGGAGCCCACACAAAGCAAAGCUGAUCUGCACCUCUUCCAGUGUGAUGAGGUUAAGGCUUCUACUAUCCACCAGGAUAUCUACAGUGCGAUGACUGACAGCAAAGGAGGAAAACUCAGGACGCGGCCAGACACGCUCAGGACCAUCAAUGCUGGUGACAACAAGGUCCCCUCACCUCCCCAGGCUCCCGCCCCCCAGCCCCCUGGAUCUGUGACACAGGUGGACGUCCGAAGUCGUGUGGCAGCCUGGUCAGCCUGGGCAGCAGAGUAUGGAGACUAUGACCGGUAUCGGCAAAAUGGAGACCAAGAAGAGAGCCCGCAGAUGGUGGAGGCCAGGAUCGACAGAGACGUGCAAAUUCUCAACCACAUUCUGGACGACAUCGAAUUCUUCAUCAUGAAACUGCAGAAAGCGGCCGAAGCCUUCUCCGAGCUCUCAAGACGGAAGAAAUCCAAGAAGAAAAAAGGUCCUGGAGAGGGCGUCCUCACUCUUCGUGCCAAGCCCCCCCCUCAGGAAGAAUUUGUCG